AUGCUGAAUACUGGUGAGCAUGGUCGAUGUGGCAGGAGAGCUAGGGUCAUUGAGAAUGCUCAUGCUCUGCCGGCGGGACAUUGCCAGCCGCAGCAGGUCGACUGUUGGUGGCGGUCGGACGACCGGCAAGGCGACCGGUGGCAGCUGGGCGACUGGUGGCGGGCGACCAGUGGGGCGAGUGGUGGGGCGACCUGCAGUGGCGGGCGACAGGUGGUGGCGGGGCGACCGACAACGGCCGGACGAUGGCAGCAGUUGGGCGACUGGCAACGGCCGGACAACGGUGGUGGGGCGAACGGUGGGGCGACCGGCAGCGGCCGGGCAACCGGCGGGGUGACCGGUGGCGGCCGGGCGACCGGCGGCGGCCGGACGACCGGCAACGGCCAGACGACUGGCAGCAGUUGGGCGACCGGCAACGGCCGGACAACCGGUGGUGGGGCGACUGGUGGGGCGACCGGCGGCGGCCGGCAACCGGCGGGGUGA